AUGCAGCUCCCCCGAGCCCUCCUCCUCGCCUUCCUAGGCCUCACCACCUCAACCAGUGCCCUCCUCGCCUUCCCCGGCGCAGAAGGCUUCGGUGCCAACGCCGUCGGCGGUCGGGGCGGUGAUAUCUACGUCGUCACGAACCUCGAGGACUCAGGCGAGGGAUCCCUCCGCGACGCCGUAUCCGCAACCGAUCGCAUCGUCGUCUUCGCUGUCGGCGGAGUCAUCAACAUCGACGAUCGCAUUGUCGUCUCCAAGCGCGUGACUAUCCUAGGCCAGACGGCGCCAGGCGACGGAAUCACGGUUUAUGGGAAUGGCUGGUCGUUUUCGAAUGCGGAUGAUGCGAUUGUGCGGUAUAUCCGGAUUCGAAUGGGCCGCGGUGGCGACUCCGGAAAAGACGGGCUCACCAUCGCCGAAGGCAAAAACAUGAUCUUCGACCAUGUCUCGGUGUCCUGGGGCCGGGACGAGACGUUCUCGAUCAGCGGGACGGCGGAGAAUAUCACGGUGCAGAACACGAUUAUCGCGCAGGGCCUGGAGACGCACUCGUGCGGGGGCCUGAUGCAGACGGACGGCGGGGUGUCGCUGUUCCGGAACCUUUAUAUCGAUAACAAGACGCGGAAUCCGAAGGUGAAGGGGGUGAAUGAGUUUACGAAUAACGUGGUGUAUAACUGGGGCGGCGGCGGGGGGUAUAUUGCGGGGGAUUCGGAUGGGGAGUCUCACGCCAACAUCAUCGGCAACUACUUCAUCAGCGGGCCCUCAACCAGCGUGACGGCGUUUACGCGAGGAAAUGCCAACUUCCACGGCUAUGUCGAGAACAACUUCUACGACCCAGACCAGGAUGGGACUCUAUCUGGCUCUGAGCUCGGCGCUUCAUCUGAUAGCUACGGCGGCAUUGAGAUCGUCGACACCAAGUAUGACUAUCCUGCUGUGGAGAAUACCUUGACCCCCGAUGAGGCCGUCACCUAUGUUACUGAGAACGUCGGCGCCUCUCUUGUCCGCGACGAAGUGGACACGAAUCUCGUCGAGCAGGUCCUCUCGUACGGAACAGACGGCGCCUUGAUCUCCGACGAGGACGACUUUGGUGGAGUUGGCGAGUUGGACGGCGGCUCCACGCCGACUGAUACCGAUGGCGAUGGUAUCCCCGAUGAUGUGGAAGCUGAUUUAGGGACUGAUCCGAAUGUGAAAGAUUCUACGGAGAUUGAUAGCAGCACGGGCUACUCGUGGUUGGAGGUUUGGGCGAACUCCUUGGUUCCUGCUAGUUAUGCGUCGCAGGCGAAUGGUACCAGCACGAGGAAGUAG